AUGGUUAUCCACGCCCCGGGAAGGGCUGACGCAGCUACUGAUUAAGCGUAUUCCCCCUGUAAGAGACUUGAACAGAGGAGUUGUUCUGAGAUCUGGAGAUCUGAUCACAGAGACCUCGUCUCUCUCUGUCUGUGACUCUGAGCCGACACGGAGACCUGCGAGGGGAAGCGUUCGUGGCGGGGGAGCUGGAGCACUGCAGAGCGACACAAGGGUUGUUUCCACGGAGACGGAGCCUGGUCCAGCGCGGUGGGACAGUCCAGAGAUGGAGCACGGUCACUACGGUAACACAGUGCUGAUGGUCCUCCUCACAGCCCUGUGUGCGGAGGGCUCAGCAGUGACCAUGAUGACGGGGCAUGUGGGAGGAGAGAUCAGCAUUCUGUGUCCUCCAAGAAGCGUUCCGUUCACAGAUGCCAACAGCAGGAAGUGGUUCUGCAGGGGCCGGUGUCCGGGCCCAGGCCUGCUGGUGGACAGCCAGACAGGGAGGAGGCAGGCAGCCUCAGGGAGAUACAGCCUGGAGGACAGGGGGUCCGGAGCCUUCUCCGUGUCCGUCUCUGGGCUGCUUCAGUCGGACUCGGGGACGUACUGGUGUGGCCUGGAGGGAGACGCGUACCAGGAGGUCCAUCUGACAGUUGUGAACUACAGCUCAGCUCCUGGGGCUUCUUCUCCACAGGCUACCGUGGCAACAACAGCGGCCGUGGCAACAACAGUUUCAUCCACACAGAGCACCCUGGUCCACAAGACUGCACGGCCCCCCCUGACAGGUGCCUCCAUGGUCAUCCCAGUGUCUGUCAGCCUGGCUGUCCUGGUGUGUGCUCUCAUUCCUGUCAUCUUCUACACACGUUGGAGGGCAAACAAGGACACAGUGUCGAUGACUGAAGUGGAGACAGGAAGCAGAGGGGAGUCCGGCGGGGAGGAACAGGACUGUAGUGAAGACCAAAGCUCCUCUCAUCAGCCUGGGCCACCGGGGGACCCAGAAUGCACUGCAGCUGACCCAGAAUGCACUGCAGCUGACCCAGAAUGCACUGCAGCUGACCCAGCCCUUUAUGACACCAUCUAUCAGGCUCUAGAUCCUCAGGCACUGGACUGCAGCCUCCAGCUCUGAGCACAAAGUACAGAUGUGUGUGUUGGUCUUUGUGACGGCUUGUGUGUGUGUGUCUGUGAUUGCCUGCAUAGGUGUGUGAUGUGUGUGAAUAUGAAGUGUAUGUGUGUGU